CAUAGGUAUAAGUCUUAUUUUGAAAGGUUCAACGCAAUACAACAUCCGGGUUAACAACAGAUCUGCAUCAUGGCGAACACCGGCAGGAUGACCGUUGACGGUGGAGACAUGCGAUUUGCUGAAUAUACUCCAAACUCAAGGGCCGCCAGCGACGCAGCGAUAGACAGGAGACUUGGAGGAACUCUGAUAGCUGUUGGACUUGGUGUAGCUGCUGCAGGCUUUGCAGGCCGCUAUGCAUUUCAGCUGUGGAAGCCUCUUGGACAGGUCUUCUCCCAAACUGUAAAGAAAAUGCCCUCAUCGGCUUUCUCAUCAUAUUACAAAGGAGGUUUUGAUCAGAAGAUGUCCAAACGAGAGGCCAGCCUCAUUCUUGGCAUUAGCCCAACCAGCACUAGGUCCAAGGUACGUGAGGCCCACAGGAGGAUCAUGGUCCUGAAUCAUCCAGAUAAAGGUGGGUCACCGUAUAUGGCUGCUAAGAUCAAUGAGGCCAAAGACCUUUUGGACAAGGAGACACGGCGAUGACCUGCACUGUUAUCACUUUAAAGACUAUUACUUCAUGCAUAAUCUCAUCACUGUUGAAUAGCUUCAUCAUAUGGAUACCACACCUGGAUUACUGCCAUCAAGAGACAAGAUAUGUGAUCGUGCCCGCUUCUUGGUCCCAUGUCAGUUGAAGGACUUUAACUUGUAAUAAUUUCUUUUUUCUUUUCUUUUUUUACAUUGCCGUAUUGAAAGUGAUCAUUGUCGGUGUGAUGUUCCUAAUAAAGUGAUCAAUGUCA